AUGACGAACAUAGAACAACAGAACCAAGACUCUCACGACGGACCAGUAUCAGAGCACACGCCUCUACUUUCCAACACCGAGGCCAGUCCAACCGGCAAACAGCAACCCAAUGGCAUUACCUCCCCGACGGAUACCCUCGAUGGCAGCCCUCCAGCCACAGAUGAACAUGAGGUCGAUCAGAUUCCCAAAGUUCAAAUCUUCUUUCUCUGUUGUGCCCGGCUGUUUGAACCCAUUGCGUUCUUCAGCAUCUUUCCCUUCGUCAACCAGAUGAUCUUCGAUACUGGUGAAGUCAAGGAGACGGCCGUCGGUUUUUACUCAGGCCUCAUCGAAUCGAUCUUCUCUAUCACUCAGAUGCUAGUAAUGAUUCCAUGGGGCAAGCUUGCGGACCACCCCCGAGUAGGGCGCAAACCCGUUCUAGUAUUCUCCCUAGUCGGCGUUUCUAUAUGCACCGCUUUAUUCGGAACCAGCAGCACCAUCUGGCAGAUGUUUCUCUAUCGCUGCUCUGCUGGUGUCUUUGCCGGAACAGUCGUCACCAUUCGGACCAUGAUGGCGGAAAACAGCAACAAGGUGACGCAGGCGAGAGUCUUCAGCUGGUUCGCUUUCAGCGGCAACCUUGGUAUCUUUCUGGGACCGUUGCUCGGUGGCAUGUUGGCCAACCCUGUCAGACAAUAUCCUUCUCUCUUUGGACACACGCAAUACUUCAAGGAUUAUCCAUACGCCCUAGCCACUUUUGUCUGCGGCGCACUUGGCCUACUGACCGCGUUACUGACCACAAUAUUUGUCAAGGAGACCCUCAAAGAUAAGGAGAAGUUGUCAUCAGAAGAGAAUUCAGCGGCUCCUGUUGACAGCGGCAUGGGAAUACUGGACUUGAUCAGAUCUCCUGGCGUGGCGAUGGUCCUAUUCUUGCAAUGCCACAUCAUGCUACUGGCCUUCUCUUAUACAGCCGUUAUGCCUGUCUUCUAUUUCACACCUGUCCGGCGGGCUGGAUUCGGCUUCAAUCCUCAACAGAUCUCACUGUUCAUGUGUCUUGGUGGUGCUGCGCAAUCAAUGUGGCUGCUGGUAGCCUUUCCGUGGAUCCAACGGCGCUACAGUACGGGUACUGUGAUCCGGGCCUGCGCACGGGCUUAUCCAUUCUUCUUCCUUGUCCAUCCACUGCUGAAUCUCGUCCUGCGGCGCGACUACACCCUUGCGUUCUGGAUCAGCGGUCCGAUUCUCCUCAUGCUAGGCUGUUCAGUAGCGAUGUCGUUUACUGCAAUUCAGCUUGCCAUCAAUGAUGUCAAUCCGAAGCCAUCUACGUUAGGUACGCUGAACUCACUGGCGCUUGCGCUAGUCAGCGGCAUUAGGUCGUUCAGUCCAGCGCUAUUUACCAGCAUUUUUGCGGUCGGCGUGGAACACCAAAUCGUGUAUGGCUACUUGAUCUGGAUUGUGUUGGCAGUCCUGGCUUUAGGCUUUACUUUUGAUUGCCAGUUGCUUCCAAAGAAUGCGGAGGGUAAGCAAUCCAAGCAGCUUCAGGAGGCCGAUGGACAAGCGUAG